CAAGCAGUAUUGAUGUACAGCGUAAUUGAAUAUGGCGAAUUUUUGUUAUUUGUUGUUUGUAGUAAAAUAAAUAGAUUAUGUUCAAUGACGACGUAAAAUACUUGAAAAUCGUUGGUUUUUUGAAAAUCUUUUAUCAAGAUGGGUGAAGAGAACGAUAGAUUGGAAGAGACUGGUAAAUGGAAUCUCGAACGUGAGCAGGAACUAAGAUUUGAAGUUCCCGAACCCGGAGACUCUCUUGGCAGUCUGUCAGCUGAAUUAGCUUUAUUAAAAGGACAAGCAGAGGUUUUUGGAACUGAAUUAGUUUUACAUAAGAAAGUACAAUUUAAACCUGGAUCAAAGAUUGCUGUGUUCACUUGGGAUGGCUGUAUUAUUGAAAUAACUGGAGCUGUUGAAGGAGCAUAUGUUUCAAGGGAGACGCCAAUGUUGAUGUAUCUUAAUCUUCAUGCUGCCCUUGAUCAAAUGAGAGAAAAGGCUCGCAAGAAUCCUGGUUUGACUGGACCAAGAAUUAUGAUAACAGGACCUGCUGAUGUUGGCAAGUCUACCUUGUGUAGAAUAUUAUUAAAUUAUGCUGUACGAAUGGGAAGACGACCUAUAUACUGUGAUUUAGAUGUUGGUCAGGGAACAAUAUCUAUUCCUGGUUCAACAGGUGCACUUCUUAUUGAAAGACCUGCAGAUAUUGAAGAAGGAUUUCCUGUUCAUGCGCCUUUAUUUUAUCAUUUUGGACAUGUGACACCUGCUGAUAAUUUGAAAUAUUACGAUGUUUUAACAUCUCAAAUUGCCAAAGUUGUUCAACAAAGAUUUGAGAAAAAUAAUGAAGCUCGAAUUGGAGGUGUUGUGAUAAAUACUUGUGGAUGGGUGACUGGUGGGGGUUAUAAGAUGUUGGUUCAUGCUGCAAAAGUUUUUAAUGUUAACGUGAUUGUAGUUCUUGACCAAGAACGUCUCUAUAAUGAAUUGAAAAAACAGUUUAACGAUGACGUCGAAGUUCUUCAUCUUCCAAAGUCUGGUGGGGUUGUUACUCGAAGUAAACAGUUUAGGAAACAUUCAAGAAAUGAAAGAAUACGACAAUAUUUUUAUGGAGUGAAAAAUAAUUUCUAUCCUCACACGUUUGAAUUGAAGUUUUCCGACGUGAAAAUAUUUAAAAUUGGAGCGCCUGCAGUGCCCGAUUCUUGUUUACCUAUUGGAAUGCAAAAAGAUGAUAUUGAAACAAAGCUAGUUCCAAUGCAGCCAGGAAAAGAUCUUCUCCACUGUGUCAUGGGACUUAGUAUGGCCACUGAUCUUGACGAAGAUCUAUUAAGGACGAACUUAGCUGGAUAUAUUGUUAUAACGGAUAUUGAUAUGGAGCGUCAACAAUUUAAGAUUCUUUCUCCUGCCCCAAGACCUUUACCCAGGAAUUUUCUUCUUCUUAGUGAUGUAAAAUUUAUGGAUAUAAAGUGAAUAGAAACUUUACAGAUAGAAAGAUUUUCCUCAUUAUAUUGAAAUAUUGUUUGUAGAAAAUGUAACCUUACCAGAUAAUUAUUGUUGUUUUUACAUUCUUCAUUUCAAAUGAAUUAUUUUUCAUUAACUUACAGACAGUUGUGAUUUUAAUAAAUUUUAUACUUACAUAACGUAAGCAUAUGUAAAUGAUCGUUUUUGAGCAUAAGUAACAUGUAAAACGGUAUCAGUGGGAAAUUGGUAACAAAAACAGACGAUGUUUAGAACUGUUACACUUCUACCAAAAAAUACAUGUUGUAGUGUAUAA